AUUGCAAUUAUUAUUAUUAUUAUUAUUAUUAUUAUUCUGAUUCAUCAAUAGUUUCUCUCAAUAUUAUAAACUAAAUCAUGUCCAGCAAAGAGAGUCGUGAAUUUGAUAUAAUAGUUUUAGGCGCCAGUGGUUUCACCGGUCAAUUCAUUACCGAAGAGUUGGCCAGAAGUGCACCAAAAGAGGGCAUCAAAUGGGCGAUCAGUGGCCGUAAUAGAGAAAAACUGUCGCAAGUGUUGAUCACUGCCACAAAAGAGACGGGAAUUGAGUUGUCAGACAUUGCUAUCAUUGAAGCCGAUGUCCAGUUGGAUGAGUCGUUGCGUGCGAUGACUGGGCGCACACGUCUUGUCCUCAACGCUGUCGGUCCGUAUCGCUUCUUCGGGGAACAGGUGGUCAAGGCUUGUGUAGAAACGGCUACUAAUCAUCUGGAUAUUAGUGGUGAACCACAAUAUAUGGAAAGUAUUCAAUUGAAAUACCAUAAGUUGGCUGAAGAAAAGGGUAUUUACAUCAUAAGCGCGUGCGGUUGGGAUAGUAUUCCCUGUGAUUUAGGCGUCCAAUUCUUGAAGAAACACUUUGAUGGAGAACUUAAUGGCGUCGAGACUUAUAUGUCUUUCAAGACUGGACCACAAGGUGUCCACACCAACUACGGCACCUGGCAGUCAGCCAUUCACGGCUUUGCCGCAAUGGGUGAGCUCAAGGAAUUGCGCCGACGAUUGUAUAGCGAAGUCUUUACCAAACAACGUCCCGAUUCAAAAUAUAAAUUGGAGAGAAAAACUCUUCCGUUCCGUACCGAAGACGCCAAUGGCUGGUGCGUACAAUUUCCGGGAAGUGACCGAUCAGUAGUGCAAAGAACACAACAAUAUCGAUACGAAAAAUUCAAUGAAAGACCCAUUCAGAUCGAGACCUACUUUGUUGUCAGAGGAAUGUUAUAUUUGAUCGGUAUUAUGAUAUCGGGCGGAUUGUUUGGGUUAAUGGCAUCCACUCGUUUUGGACGCAAUCUUUUGGAGAGAUAUCCCGAGUUUUUCUCAUUUGGUAUGUUUAGUCGAGUCGGUCCCACUCGGGAACAGUUGAAAGACACGUCAUUCAGCAUUAAAAUUGUUGGAAAUGGAUGGGCAGAUAAGUUAGCUGAACCUACAGAUGUACCACAAGUUCCACCAAAUAAAAAGGCAAUAGUUAUGAUUAAAGGAAAAGAUCCGGGAUAUACAGCCACCAGUACUUGUCUGGUUCAGGCGGGUAUCACUUUAAUUAAAGAAUUCGACAAACUGCCCAAUAGUGGUGGUAUCCUAACUCCUGGCGCUGCAUUUGAUGGCACCGGUAUUUUUGAUCGCCUUAAAGCUCAUGAUUUAACCAUUGAAUUGGUCAGUUAGUUAGUAAUCGGUGUUUAUUUUUUUAUCUAAUUGGUUUUUGGUUUUUUACAAAUAAUUUUAAAGUUCUCUAAAAUUUUAUUCAAACAAAUCUAUUUUUAAAAAUGUUUUUUUUAUAUCUUGCAAUUUGUUAAUAUACUGUAUCAAUCUAAAUGUAUGUUGA